AUAAUUCUUUAUUCCCUGUACGUAUAAGAACUCCUAUUAAUAGUCCUGAUAUGGGAAUGCGAUUUAUCGAUUUUAUUAUCGCAUCGGGUGAUCUUGUAAAUGCAGACUAUAUCACUCCACUGACUACAGAAAAGGAUGAAAUAGAAUUUCGUGAAGUAAUCGAUGGCCUUGAGAAUAUUGGUAAACCCUUGUAUUAUAUACCUGGGAAUCAUGAUCCAGAUACUUCAUUUCUCCCAUCUACUUAUCAAGGAAAAAAUGAAAAUUCAAAA